CCUGGAUCACCGUCGCACUGAUGCGCUUCAGGCGAGCUGCGCAUGCGCAUCAUCCAGACCUCAGUCAGUGUUUCUCUGCCGGUGAAUGAGAGAGGACGGACGGAAAUAAUCUUCCUCCUGAUCCAGCGGAAAGCGUGAGCAGGUCUCCAUGGCCCAAUUCGGGGGUCAGAAGAACCCUCCGUGGGCGGCCCAGUUCGCCGCCACAGCAGUUUCACAGCCCGGCCACUCAGGACAGUCACUGGACCUGAACAGUUUACACUCGUUAGGAGUACAGCAGCCGUCCCUCUUGGGAGCGUCUCCUAUGUACACUCAGCAGUCGGCUUUAGCCUCCCUCAACACACAGUCGGCUGCCAACUACCAGCUCUCGCAGCAGACGGCAGCGCUCCAGCAACAGGCCGCAGCAGCCGCUGCUGCAGCAUUACAGCAGUCGCAGAUCAAUUCAGCCCUGCAGCAGUAUCAGCAGCAGCAACAACAACAACAACAGCAGCAGCAGCAGCCGCCUCAAGCCCCCCCACAACACCCUCCACAUCAACAAACUCUAUACAACGUCCCACAUCAGCUUCCACAACCCCAACAAGCCCUGCUAUCACAGCCCCCUGUUGCCUUGCCCACCAGCCUGAGCCUGUCAAACCCCCAGCAGACGGCACAGAUAACCGUAUCCUACCCGACCCCGCGCUCCAGCCACCAGCAGCAGACCCAACCCCAAAAGCAGCGUGUUUUCACGGGGGUCGUCAGCAAGCUACACGAUACUUUCGGCUUUGUUGAUGAGGAUGUCUUCUUCCAGCUCAGUGCGGUUAAGGGGAAAACACCCCAAGUCGGCGAUCGUGUUCUGGUGGAAGCUGUCUACAAUCCCAACAUGCCUUUCAAGUGGAAUGCCCAGCGCAUCCAGACGUUACCUCAGCUGCCCAACCAAACGCACCAGCCGCCUCAGCCCUUACCUCAGGUUUCCCCACAGCUGUCCAGCUUUUACUCUGAAGCAGGAAUGCAGCGCUACUCUGACAUGCACUCUGCGGUGGAUUCAAGACAAAAUAACCAGCCACCAGGGCCAAACAUGAUGAAACAAGGUCCCACCAUGCUGCAGUCUCUCCCCCCACCCACCACGUUCAGCGUCCAGGCCCAGGGACCUCCUCCGUCUCUUCUGCAGGCCCAGCUCUCUGCUGCCUCUCUGGCCCCACUGCUGCAGAACCCCCCACAGCCCCUGCUUCCCCAGCCUCCCCCUAAAGACUCUGUGUUCUCAGGGGGUUUGCUACAGCCCCCGGUGCGGAUGAUGCCUCAGCCGCAACAGGUGAGGCGUGUGGACCCCUCACCCCGCUUCCCCAGCCGCAGUGACCGACCAGAACUCAUCCUGAGGAAAGAUGACCGCAGUCGGGAAAGAGAUCGAGAGCGAAGGAGAUCAAGAGAACGUUCACCCCCACGGAAGCGUUCUAGAGACCGGUCUCCUCGCAGAGAGCGCUCUCCAAGACGGCCACGCAAAGUCGUCCCAAGAUAUACAGUGCAGUUCUCCAAAUUCUCUCUCGAUAGUAGUUACAACUGUGACGUGAUGGAGUUGCGGCGGAGGUAUCAGAGCCUCUACAUCCCCAGUGACUUCUUUGACGCGGUGUUUACCUGGGUAGACGCCUUUCCCUUAACACGGCCUUUCACUUUUGGAAACUACUGUAACUUCCACAUCAUGCAUAAAGAGGUGGACUCUCUGGUGAAGAACACGGCUGUGCUGGACCCCCAUGAUGCCAAUCACACGUACAGCGCAAAGGUAAUGCUACUGGCCAAUCCUAGUCUAGAUGAGCUGUACCAUAAGUCCUGUGCUCUGGCAGAAGAUCCAGCAGAGCUGAGAGACUCCUUCCAGCACCCUGCCCGCCUCAUCAAGUUCCUGGUGGGGAUGCGGGGCAAGGACGAGGCUAUGGCCAUCGGGGGUCACUGGUCUCCCUCUUUGGAUGGGGCCGACCCGGAAAACGAUGCCUCGGUUCUUAUAAAGACAGCCAUUCGUUGUUGUAAGGCUCUGACAGGCAUUGAUCUGAGUUUAUGUACCCAGUGGUAUCGUUUUGCAGAGAUACGCUAUCACCGCCCUGAGGAGACUCACAAAGGGCGGACAGUCCCCGCACAUGUGGAGACAGUGGUUUUAUUUCUCCCGGAUGUUUGGCAUUGUCUUCCUACCCGCUCAGAGUGGGAGGGCCUGUCCCGUGGACUCAAGGAGCAGCUGGCAGAGAAACUCGUGGCUGAACGGAAGGAGGCUGAUGGAGAACAGGAGGAGGAGGAUAAGGAUGAAGAUGAUUCAAAGGAAGUCACUACCCCAACUCACUGGGCCAAGCUUGAUCCAAAAUCCAUGAAGGUCAAUGACUUGCGUAAGGAGUUGGAGAGCCGUACACUGAGCUCUAAAGGGCUGAAGUCUCAGCUGAUCGCUCGCCUCACCAAACAGCUGAAGGUGGAGGAGCAGGUGGAGGAGUCAAAGGAGCCGGAGAAGCCCGAACCUCCGAGUGUGGAGGAAGAUGAGUCCUGCAGACCGGAGGAUGACCGAGAGGAAGAGGAGCGAAAGCGACAGGAGGAGCAGGAACGUCAGCGCAGAGAGAGACGUUAUGUUCUGCCAGAUGAGCCCACCAUUAUCGUCCACCCCAACUGGGCUGCCAAGAACGGCAAAUUCGACUGCAGCAUCAUGUCCUUGAGUGUGCUGCUGGACUACAGACUCGAGGAUAAUAAAGAGCACUCGUUUGAGGUGUCUUUGUUUGCUGAAUUAUUCAAUGAGAUGCUUCAGCGAGACUUUGGCUACAGGAUCUACAAAGCAUUCACUUGUCUUCCGAGCAAGGACGAGAGGAAAGACAAAAAAGAGAAAACUAAAAAAGAGGCAGACCGGAGGGACGUGAAGAAGGAGAGGGAUGAAGAAAAUGGAGAGCCGACCACGAAGAGAAUGAGAGAGGAGGAUGAGAAGAGGAAGGAUGAGGAGAAGGAGAGGGGUAUUAAAAGAGAAGAAUCCAAAGAUGACGAUGAUAAUGAAGACGGCAGCAGCAACAACAACGCUGAUGAAUACGACCCAUUGGAGGCAGAGGACGCAGACGACUACGAUGAUGAUGACAAAGAUGAUGAAGACUCUAAUGGCAGGGACCGAAGAGACGACCGGCGAGAUGAACGGAAAUCCAAAGAGAGGUCAUCUAAAGAUAAAGAUGAGAAGAAAAAACAGAUGGUGACGUUUAACAAGGAUCUGCUGAUGGCCUUUGUGUACUUCGACCAGAGUCACAGCGGCUACCUGCUGGAGAAGGACUUGGAGGAGAUCAUGUACACGCUGGGCUUGCAUCUCUCCAGAGCUCAGGUGAAGAAAUUGUUAAACAAACCACUUGUUCGAGAGUCUUGCCAUUAUCGAAAGUUAACGGACAGACCUAAGGACGAGCCGAGCCCCACACUGACCUCCGAUGCUCUGACAGACAACCUUUUAGGUAACCAGAGCUUGCUGCCCAGUCUAAAGGUCAAGCGGGAAUCAGAGGACAGCAGCGAGUCGUCUAGCCUGAUCGUCUACAAGGGAUCGAUGGUGGAUGUGGGAAGCAUGAUGCAGAAGCUGGAGAAGAGUGAGAAAACCCGCGAGGAAAUUGAGCAGAAGCUCAUGCAGCAGGACAUCAAAAUGGAGGAGGACUCAAAGCAUAUAGCGGAGCUAGAAGCAGCCCACCGCAGCCUUCAGAGGGAGCUGGAGGAGGUGAAGAACAAUCUCAGAGAGACCGAGAACAACCUGAGAGCCUCGGACCAGCAGAAAGGCAGCUUUGAGCAUCAGCUCCACAGCACAGUGUCCAGCCUCGACACCAUCAUGAAGGAGAUCCAGGGCGUUCUAUCACAAGGUGACCCUUCAGAAGACAGUGACCAAAAAACUCAAGCUAAUGGCUCCGAUGAGUGAAGGUCCUUCUCCAGCUCAUCCUCAUCUAAUCUCCCUUCAGUUGUGUAAAUAAGCUUAAAACUGACCCAAUUCUGAGGCUUGUUUCCUUCGAUCGCUUUUGUAUUCUGUGUACAGAGUUUUCAUGACUGGAGGCAAACUCUCAUUUUCCUCAUAAUUCUACAUUCUUUGGUUUUGGAAAAGAAUUCUCUGAAUUCUUCAGAAUCCAAUGAUUAUUACGCUUGUCACGUUGAAGUUUAAAUGAUUUGUUUGAAUUAUGCCAAAGUGUUUGGUUGCUAAUCCAUUGAAGCUUUUUUUGGCUGUUUUUAUUUUCAGAAGUCGCUAGUAAUUUUAACGUGUGUGUUGUUAUAUCAGCAUAUUUCAUUGUUGAAAUAAUACAUGAUUUGUGCCAGUACGUGAGUUGUAAGCAGUUUAUUUAGCAAUAAAAGUUAUUUAUGUUUAAAUCAAACAUUAGAAACAGCCGUUAGGAUUGUAUUAGGAUCUACGCGAAGCUGCUUUCUGACGUCUUUCAUUGUUCCAUAACAGUGAUCGAAAAACAUGUUUUAUUCAGUGUCUUUCGUUUGUUUUGGUCACAUCUGCGCAUGCAUAUUAAUUAGCGCAUGCAUAUCAGCCUGAUUCCUGAAUAAUAAUCUUGCAGACUUCUCUUUUUUUAUUCAUUUGAUUUGAUCUUGAUGCUUUGUUCUGUGAUCUCUGUGUAAUCUUACCAGGGUAGCUUUAUGAGAAUAGGGCCAUGUUCUUUGUCAUCUCAAACAAAACCAAGGCAGUUACCCUGUUAAAGUUGCACAGGCUUGAUCAGACGGAGCUGUUCAUGUCCAUUCUGAGUCCUGGGUACGUCAUAUCCGAGUGAUUGUAAUGUGUCAGAAUAGUGUGAGGAGGAUACUGUGUGUUUUCCAGUAGUUUGUUACGCUGGAAUUGUUGGCAGGCAUUGAUUAUUUAGGUUUUUUUUUAUGUUUUUCCUAUUGUUGGCCCACUAAAUAACAUGAGAAUGAUUACAGUGGGUGGUUUCUGCUGAGUGGAAAAGAGCCAAACCUGGUCAAGUGCAUAUUAUUUUUCUAUUCUGAAUGUACUGUAUGGUUGUCCUGGUGAAAGAGAAGAAAUAAAAGUGCUUCAUUUUAAAAUUGCA